GUGGGUUUGUAAUGCAUGAUGAAUGGAAAGCUUGGCCAAGAGUAUCUGUCUCAAGCAUUUGUGCAAUAUACAAGCGAUAAGUGGAGAGAUAUUGUCGACUAAUUGUGGUCUGUGCACAACACGAAAACAAGCAUGUUUUCUGGCCUCUCCAGUGAAUGUGGCAGCGGCGAUCGUCUAGCCAUCACCGCUCGCCGUGCGCGCCGCCAUCGCCGAGCCAUACAAGCGCGUGUGACGAAUCCAGUAAGACGAAACGGCGGCCCGCGCCGCCUCUUAUCAAUGGAUGCGGAAUAUCUCACGGAAUGUCUCACAUGAAUGGCGGGAAUGUCUCUCAGCGUCCACCUGUCUCAGUCGGUGUCUCGGACAUGAAUGGGAUGAGUUGCGACAAUGCCCUAUUCCCGGAACUCUGAACUCUGUUCCAGCAGCCGGGCCGGCAAAUGCUGGAUCUCCGGUGCGCGGACCGGCGGCUCGCGCGGGUUGGGGUUGGGGUCGGGGUCGCGCGACGCGACGGAUCGGAGCGCUUGUGCUGAGUCUGAGCGCUUGGCACCAAUCUUCUCACGCACAACGCACGGAGCGCCGACGGCGCUGGCCGUCCGGCCCACGCGCGCCGAGCGUGCGAGCGUCCACCACGUCACCGACCCCGACUUGGACCCCGACCCCGACCCCGACCCGCCAGACCCCGGCCCCAAUCUGAGUGCGCAGUUGCACGCUGCCGAGCCCGAGCUCGCGCGCGCCCGCCCGGGGCCGGUGCCAGUCCGCGUGGCGCCGUAUAUACGCCGAAAUGGUAGUCGCCCGGGGUGGUGAUGCGAC